AUGAGUACUAAUAAUGGAACAUUGGUUAUUGAAGAUGAUGGUGACGGAAUUGCAGAGGUUUCACCAGCAAGGGUUAUUGGCGAUGCCGAAAAAUUGGAACGAUUAGAAAAAAACUUAGCUAGAGCCGAAGAAAUGAGAAAAGUCGGUAUGAAUGAUCAGGCUGAUAUUGAAACUGAACAUUCCGACGCCACAAAUCACGGUGAUUCAAACACAAAGAAAAAGAGAAGUAAGGGUAAAUCUGCAAAGGAAGGGGAGACCGUGUUUGCCCCAAGUAUAGAUGAGGUUACUACUGAUAACGAUCAUUUAGCUAGUCUCAGAGGUGAAGGGCGAUAUUUUGGUGUUGUUGAUCCAGAUGUCAGUCAACCGGUGUGUUCAAAUUGUCACAGAAGAGGUCAUAGACGUGCACAAUGUAAAGUUGUUGUUUGCCACGCUUGUGGUAAAGUUGAUGAUCAUUAUGAAACUCAAUGCCCAAAUUCAAUGGUAUGUUCAAAUUGCGGUCAAAAAGGACACUUUCGGAACAACUGUCCUUCAAAAAGGAUGCAAACAUAUUGUGUUGAAUGUGAUUCUAGAAAUCAUUCAAGUGACCGGUGCCCAUAUAUAUGGAGAAGCUAUCUUGUCAAACCUAAAGAUCGGAAAACUAAGAUGGCAUACCCAACCAAUCAGAUAUUCUGCUAUAACUGUGCUGAAAAGGGCCACUACGGUGACGAUUGCAAGCAAUUGAGGGUUUCAAAGACACCAAAUAUUAAUGGAUCAGCGUUUAGUGGUGCUAAUUUGCCAAAGGAGCUAAUUAGUCAAUAUAAUGAUACACAAAACAGAAAUUCAGGUAAUAACAACAACAGAAAGCGUAACUACGAUACAGCAAAUAAUGUGAACUAUAAUUAUGCACCACCACCAUACCCGAGGUACAAUAACUACAAUAAUAACAAUGGAAACAGAAGUGGGAACAACAACAACUAUAAAAACCGUAAUUAUAACAAUAAUAAAUACAAAAACAGUAAUUUACCCAGUGGGCCAACUAAAAGUGGCUAUUUAGCAAACAAGAACAACUAUGGAAACCAGGGAAGAAAUAACAACUAUUCCAACUCGAACUAUAACAACCAGAGGAACUCAAAUAGCUAUAACUCUAGAUCAUCGUAUUUCAAUAGUAGAAGAUAUUGA